AUGAUUUACCGUAAUAUUCUUACUGGACCAGCCGCAGAAUCCCUGCCCGAGUUUCUAGCCGUCCUGGGCUCCCAGGCUCAUUUACCUUGUGAGGUUCCCCAGCGACCACCAGCCAGUGGCAUCAAAUGCAUCUUCUGGUACAAGGACGACGAAGUGAUGUCAGUGUACACAGUGGACGCCCGUGAGGGCGGGGCCAAUUCCCUUCACGUCCCUUCUGAUCGGCUCCGUAGUCGCGCACACUUCGAGCCAAGUCCAUGGCCACCGCUGCUGAAGCUGGAUCAGGUGAAAGAAGGAGAUGAGGGCGUCUAUUACUGUAGAGUCGACUACCGGUGGGACAGAACCUACAUGUAUACCGUCGUCCUUAAAGUUGUCGUGCCUCCUAAGAAGCUGUCCAUCCUCAACGAGCAUGAGGAAGAGAUCACUCAAAUGGCAGGGCCUUACCUUGAGGGUCAGAACGUUCGGCUCACCUGCGAAGCCAUCGGAGGCAAGCCCAGUCCCAUUCUAUCCUGGUGGCGGGGAGAGAAGAUUCUUCUGGACGCCACUCCCACUCACUCACUUUCGCAAGGCCAGGUGCGCUCUGAUUACACAUUCGCUCCUACGAGGGACGACUAUUUCGCCAGCAUCCGUUGCAAAGCCACCAACCAUAACGGGACGGGCCAGUCAAGUACGGUGGCAGUACAGAUAGAUCUGUAUCUGAAGCCACUAGACAUCCACCUGACUCCGCAGCCAGCAAACCUGGGGGCGGGGCGUAAAGCCGAAGUCCGCUGCCACUCCAGUGGGUCCCGCCCGCCUGCCCGGAUGUCUUGGUUCCUUGAAGGUGAACCUCUCUCCAACCACACUGACCUCCUCUCCGUGGACGGUAAUCGGACCACCAGUGUCCUUUCCUUCUGGCCCUCGAGGGCGGACCACCGGAAGAACCUUCGAUGCAGGGCUGAGAACUUCCUGCUCAGCGGAUCUGCCCUCGAAGAUGGAUGGGAAUUGAACAUCACAUACGUACCACUGGUGAGUUUGAGCUUGCGCAGCAGCAGUUCUUCCAAGCAACAGCAACAGGGUGCCUUCUUGGAGGGCGAAGACGCGCGUUUCAACUGUGAGGUACGGGCCAAUCCUCCAGCCACUCAGGUGGGCUGGCUCUUCGAGGGCAGGCCCCUCCCUGAAGCCGAUCCGGAGGCCGUGCUUGGUUUCCGGACCCUCCUCCUGAGGCGUGUCAGAAGGAAGCACCGUGGCAGGUACCAGUGCUAUGCCAACAAUAGCGAAGGCACCGGGUUCAGCCGGAUCGUCGAUCUCAGAGUCCUUUAUGCUCCGGUGUGCCGUCCGGGCUUAAAAAUGACGUAUGCAGCUGGACCUGGAGAGCUGUCCCGGAUCGAGUGCCAGGUGGAUGCGGAUCCGGCCCAGCUCGAGUUCCGAUGGAGCUUUAGCAACGCUCAGAGGUGGCGGCACUACGACGUUCCCCACACUUCGGCUGGGCUGAGAUCCGUGGCCAGCUACGUCCCGCGGGCUGCCCACGACUACGGUGCUCUCUACUGCUGGGGAAAGAAUGAGGUCGGGGAACAGCAGACGCCCUGCAUCUUCACAGUCAUACCUGUCGGUCCACCAGAGGCUCCACGGAACUGCAGCCUGGCCGAUGCAGGUCCAACGUCCGUGACCAUCUUGUGCAGCCCCGGCUCGGACCCAGAUUCUGGCGAUCUAAGAUACAACCUGGAAGUAUUCGUGUACCGAAGCCACGAGAUGGCACUGCAGGCUAGCAGUCCGACACCCCGCUUUGUUGUCGAGGGCUUGACUCCAAUUACAGAGUACCUGUUUGUGGUUCGCGCCAUAGACCGAAACGGAAAGAGCGACCCUGCUGUGGUUCGCGCUUCCACCCCGAGCACUCCCAGUGAAGAAAGAGUGUAUCGCGAGAAGGAGAGCACUUCGUCCUCGUGGAUGGCACCUGGACUUCUGAUCGCUGCCUCCCUGGCCUGUUUCCUACUCUUCUCCAGUGCAGCUCUGUGGACGCAGUUCCGAGGAGGACCUGGAUGUCAGAAGUGUAAAGAACUUCCAAAGCGAAUAAACCUGAAGAAAGAUCUCUCUAAAGGCAUCAAAAGCAACAAGAAUUACAUAGAUCGGCUUCCAGAAGGCUUCGAAAAGCGGACGCCAUGCAUCUGA